AUGGCUAGAUUCUGUGGCUGGUCAGAUGGGGGAGCGGCACCAAUCGAUAGCCGUCGCUCGUCAGCCACCUCGCAGCGAUACAAUCUAAAUACUCUAACUACUUACAGUCUUCAAGGUUUGAUUGACAGUUUAGCGACUGCAGCAACGCACAUCUAUCUGCGCGGAGGCGAUGUGAACCUGGACAAAGAUCAACUCAAGCUUAUCUUUUUGAACAGCCAGGAUAUUACCCCGAUUGAAAACCAACCCAUAAUCAAACCCCACGAACUGACCAGAGACAAUGCAAAUUUAUUUUCGCAUCCGUGCUGUAAUAUUCGUGAUGCGGCGCGACAUUGUAACGGUAAUCAUGUGACAAAGUACCGCGUCAUCCCUUGGACUGUGCUUCUCCGUUCUGUAUCGCCGUAUGAACGCGCAGUCGAGGACCCGCAAAGUCGCCUUGAAAUAGUAGUUUCUAGUAUCCAGGAGUGCCACCAGGCACGGCGAUCCGCCAUGGUAAACCUCACACAACAGCCCCUUAAGGGCGUAUACGCAAUCUGCGCCAUUGGCUUCGAGAUUUCCCGCCUUCCAGUGUAUCUUGUUACCUUUCUCCUAGGAUUUGGUCGCCAGCACCCUAAAUGGACUUUCCGCCAGGCCAUCACCAUGCGCGUCUUUUCCUCGGUUCUCUGGCACAUCGCAACACUGCAAGUUGGAACACCACUUCCCCUGACGCCAGGCGCAGAAAAAGAGCGAUUCAUUCUUGUCAAACCUGCCAAGUCUGAUGCCUACAAAGGACCGCUGAGGAGCAAUGAUGAUGUUGUGCCUGUGGAAAUUGGCGCAACCUGGUAUCCAGCGCCAUUGACAGCCGGUAGCGAUAAAGGCAGAACAAAAGUCAUCCUACAUACCCACGGAGGCGCAUUUGUCCACGGCGAUGGAAGGACGGCAGCAAGCGGUUUCAUGGCAAAAUUGCUACUCAAAUACACACCAGCAACACACAUCUUCUGCCCACAAUACCGACUCUCCACCCUGCCUGCCUCACCAACGUCAAACCCCUUCCCAGCCGCACUCCAAGACGUCCUGACAUCGUAUCUCUAUCUCCUCAACGACCUCAAGAUCCCCCCAAAGAACAUUAUUCUCUCCGGCGACUCGGCAGGCGGCAACCUCACCAUCGCCCUCCUACGCUACAUAACCGAAUACGGCGCUGAACUCGAUCUACCCACACCUUCUUCCGUGCUUCUCUGGUCCCCCUGGGUCGACCCCUCAGACACAUCUUGCUCGUACGUCGACAACAACAGGAACUACAAGACCGACUACCUAUCCCCGCCCUUCACAAAAUGGGGCACAAGCGCGUACGCUGGUCUAGCAGGCGAGAUGGUGUUGUCGUCGCCGUAUAUCUCGCACAAGUACAGCAUGUUCCGGACUCCAGUGCCCAUUUGGGUAAAUAUCGGGGGCAGCGAGAUAUUGUACUUUGAUGCUGUGGAGUGGGCGAAAACGAUGAGGGAAGAGGGGAAUGAGGUUGUGCUGGAUGUUGAGGAGCAUGUGCCUCAUGAUAUUUUGUUGUUGGGGGGUGUCUUGGGGUUUAAGGAGGAGGCGCAUAAUAUGGCUAAGAGGGCAGGGGAGUGGUUGAAGGGGCAGUAG